AUGUGCUCCAAGGACCUUAUCUGCGGCGUCGCAUGCCAGUACAGCGCCACGAUUGACGGCGUAAAUGCUACGCAUUCCACGAUCUGUGUGGAUUUGCCCCGAACCACUGCCGACAUUCUCUUCAAGAGUAUCAUCAUCAACCAGAUUCCGACCCACCAGAAGACCCUGUCCGACUAUCGCUUCAAUGAUUUCAACGAUCAAGGCAAGAGGAUGCUUGUUACUCUGUACAAGCAUGCUCUCGUCUACGAUGACAUCAGCACUCGCGAGCUGGACAUCUGGAUGAAGGACAAUAUUCUUUUCAAGCGAAUGGGCAUGCAGUUGGAUCUCCGCCAGCACUUUCUGGAUGUGAAGGAACUCCGGUGGUUUGAACAGAAUGCGACCAAGGAGAAUGACGGAACGCCGAUGAACAAGGUGGUUCAAGGCAUCCUCAAAAUGGCUGUUGCCCGCAAGGAAUGCAUGCAUCUGUGGAACGAUCGCUAG